UUCUUUGCGCUUUUCCCGGAGCCACGCACGGAAAGGCGCGCCCACUUGGGGAUCCAGACGCCUGUUUACAAGCGCCGCCCUCUGGCUCGUCCUUUCCCGCCCCUGGGACCUGGCUUCUAUCCCGCCCCGUAUUUGUGCGGCGCGGGUUGGCCUAGCCAGCGCAGAGAGGCUGGGCUUGUGGGCGCAGCAGCUCCGGAGGUCAAGCUGGGCUGAGCUUGCGGGCCGGCGAAGGCCGGCGGGGACGCGGUCGGGGCUAUGCUGGGCAAGGAUUACAUGCUUGCCAUCAUUCUGGUCAACUGCGAUGACGACUUGUGGGGGGACCAGAGUCUUGAGGGGGAGCCAGGACUGCCCCCUGGCUGGAGGAAGAUACGCGAUGCUGCAGGUACUUACUAUUGGCAUGUACCCAGUGGCAGCACCCAGUGGCAGCGCCCAACCUGGGAGACGGGAGAUGCAGAGGACCCGGGCACGAGGACGGAGGGGAUUUGGGGACUUCGGCCUCCCAAGGGGAGAUCCUUCUCGGGCCUGGAGAGCUCAUUGGACCGCAGGACCUCUCUGUCCUGGUAUGGUGAAGAAUCCUACAUCCGGAGCAUGGAGCCAGGGGCUAAGUGCUUUGCAGUCCGCUCCCUGGGCUGGGUAGAGGUACCCGAAGAGGAUCUGGUACCAGGGAAGAGCAGUAUUGCAGUCAAUAACUGCAUCCAGCAACUGGCUCAGACUCGCAGCCGUAGCCGCAGCCAGCCCCCAGAUGGUGCCUGGGGUGAGGUGAGCUGGCAGUCCCUUCAAGGGAUUCAGCCUAGGGCCCAGCAGAGACAGCCUGUCCCUGAAUUGCCUGUUCUCCAUGGUAACCACAUUGAUCUGAGCUUCAGACUGACCUCUCCUCGGCAGGGCCAGAACAUGCUGAUGAUCCUAAAGAAGGAUGCCAUGAGCUUGGUGAAUCCUCUGGACCAUAGUCUAAUCCACUGCCAGCCUCUGGUGCACAUCCGUGUGUGGGGUGUGGGCAGCUCCAAGGGCCGGGACUUCGCUUUUGUGGCGGGUGACAAAGACAGCUGUAUGCUCAAGUGCCAUGUGUUUCGCUGUGAUGUCCCUGCCAAGGCCAUUGCCAGUGCCCUACAUGGGCUCUGUGCCCAGAUAUUGUCAGAGCGAGUAGGUGUCAGUGGUGAUUCCCGUGAUUCCCCUUGCUCCUCUCUAGACCCCAUCUCCCCAGAAGAUCUGCCACGGCAAGUGGAGCUGCUGGAUGCAGUGAGCCAGGCUGCUCAGAAGUAUGAGGCACUGUACAUGGGGACCUUGCCAGUCACCAAAGCCAUGGGCAUGGACGUGCUGAAUGAGGCCAUUGGUACCCUCACCACUCGGGGGGACCAGGAUGCUUGGGUCCCUGCCAUGCUCAGUGUGUCUGACUCUCUCAUGACUGCACAUCCCAUUCAGGCAGAAGCUGGUGCAGAGGAGGAACCACUGUGGCAGUGCCCUGUGCGCCUUGUGACCUUUAUUGGUGUUGGCCGUGACCCUCACACCUUUGGCCUCAUUGCUGACCUGGGCCGUCAGAGCUUCCAGUGUGCAGCCUUCUGGUGCCAGCCCCAUGCAGGGGGACUCUCUGAAGCUGUGCAGGCUGCUUGCAUGGUUCAGUACCAGAAGUGUCUUGUGGCCUCUGCAGCUCGAGGCAAGGCCUGGGGUGCCCAGGCCCGUGCCCGCCUGCGGCUCAAGCGGACCAGCUCUGUGGACUCCCCAGGAGGUCCCCUGCCACUCCCCCUGCUCAAAGGAGGGGUUGGGGGUGCAGGGGCAGCCCCUCGAAAGCGGGGUGUCUUCUCUUUUCUUGAUGCCUUCCGUCUGAAACCUUCUCUGCUCCAUAUGCCCUAAGUUAAUCCAGGAGGACUGGGUAAGGAAGCUCUGGGUACAUGCCCAACUCUAUACCCCUUCAUACUUCAGGGGUCUGUAGCCUCUCACUCCUUGAAGCCUUCUCUGCCUGCCCCUCUGGCUCUUGCCUACCCUCUGUUUAUUGCCCAAUUUAUUCAAUGUUUAUAGAGAUGACUGAGAGGCCCUGCACCACAACCUAGGCCCCUGACUGUCCUUUCCCUGGGUCCCUGUGUUCCUUGCCCCUGUCCAGUCCUGGACAGUUGGCUCUACCUCAGCAACACUUUAUAGCAAAUCAGUACAAAUAAAAAUCCUUCAGUGACCUCA